CUCGGAGCAAGGGGAUGCCGGGACCGAAGCCCGGUUCGAAGAGGAGUAGUGCUGCGCUGGAUGGAGCGCCGAAGCCUCGAGGUAGGCCAGGGCCGAAGAAGAAGCCACGCAUGUAAGUAUUCAUGGCGGUAUUACCGUACGAGACACCCUCGAAAGCAGCAGACAUCGGUGUCCUUCCCCAUCUCCUCCAACCUCACCUCCCUAACCCUUCACCACUCAUCCAUCAAUUACUAACCCCUCAUUCCAGCGGCGAACUCAUCAACGGCGAAAUCUACAAAGGCCCCACUCCCACAACCCACGGCCCCAAACUCGGCCCCAAAGCCAACCAAGGCGCCAUCAACGCCGGCCUCCGCGCCCUCGACCGCACCGGAAAGCCGUGCCGCAAAUGGGAGCGGAAAGGCUUCUCCGUCAAGAGCUUCACCGGCGUCGUGUGGGAGGCGCCGACGUGGCGCGCGCCGAAGAAGGCGGUGAACUUGGAUGCGAACGGGGAGGUGCAGAGCGAUGCGAGUAGUGAGGUGAAGGGGGAGGGGGAGGCGCAGAUGGCGAGCGUAGUGCAGAGUGAGAAUGGGACGAGUGGGUCGAAUGCGGAGACGCCGGGAAUGGUUGGGGGGUUUACGAGUUCACCUGCUCCAGUGGCUGCGGCGUGAGGAAGUUUGGAAUGGUU